UCUAGUGAAACAGUCUUAACAAGUGAAAAACGUUGCGAUGGAAAAAUGACAUUUUAUAUAUUUUUAGCUGUUUUUGUUUCAGUUUUUCACAGUGUUUAGAAAUGUUUAAGUGAUCGAUGUUCUCGAUGAGUUUUAAAGUGAUUACACCUCGUUUGAAGAGCCGACAUCGUUAGGAUGGGUGGCUGGCAGAAUGGGAGACAUUGACUUUGCCAAGCUCUACAACUGCACGGCUCUGCUGCUGGACAAAGACCCGUUCGUCAACGUAUCUUCCGUGUGGGCUCUGAACCGUACUCAGGUGUUGAGUGUGUUGGGCCCUGUUUUCGACGACCAAGACGACACCCUCACCUCUGGACGACGAAGUGGACUCAAGGACUUCCUCACUGACUGUGUCUACCCUCCUCUGCAGCGCCCCACCGACCUCCUCUGGUGGCAGAAGGUGGUCUGGUCCUCGGUGUUUGCAAUCAUGCUUCUGGUCGCCACUGGAGGCAACUCUAUCGUUAUGUGGAUCGUCCUAGCUCAUCGACGCAUGCGGACUGUCACUAACUACUUCCUGGUCAACCUGAGCGUGUCGGAUCUGAUGAUGGCUCUUCUCAACUGCAUCUUCAACUUCAUCUUCAUGCUGAACUCUCACUGGCCUUUCGGAUCUUUCUACUGCACCGUCAACAACUUCGUUGCCAACGUCACGGUAGCAGCCUCUGUCUUUACGUUGGUGGCCAUCUCUAUAGACAGAUACAUGGCCAUAGUACGUCCUCUCCAGCACAGAAUGUCCAGGUGUACAGCAAGGGCUGCAAUAGCAGUGAUAUGGAUAGCCAGCGCACUCUUGGCGUUCCCUUGCCUCCUCUACUCCAGUACCAUGGUCAAGAGAUACAGGAACGGCCAGACAAGGACUGUCUGCUAUAUGAUGUGGCCUGAUGGAAGAUACCCGUUUUCUAUGGCUGAAUAUGUGUACAACCUGGUGUUCCUGAGUCUCACAUACCUAGUUCCUGUGGUAGCGAUGGCCGUGUGCUACACCCUCAUGGGCAGAGAGCUCUGGGGGAGCAAGUCCAUCGGCGAGCAAACCCAGAGGCAGCUAGAUGCCAUCAAGUCCAAAAGAAAGGUAGUAAGGAUGUUCAUAAUCGUAGUGACCAUCUUCGCCCUGUGCUGGCUGCCCUACCACGGCUACUUCAUCUACGCCUAUCACAAUAACUCCGUGGCGGCCAGCAAGUAUGUACAGCACAUCUACUUGUUCUUCUACUGGCUGGCUAUGAGUAACGCCAUGGUCAACCCUCUCAUCUACUACUGGAUGAACAACAGGUUCCGUGUAUACUUCCGCCAGAUCAUCUGCCAGUGCUUCUGCUUCAGGCCCAGUCUGAAGCACGAGCUGGAACUGCCCACAGUGAAGCACGGUUGCAGCCAGAGCGACGUCGUGGGUCGGUCAAGAUCUGGUAAGGGUCGCUGGUCGUCUACAGAGAUCCAUGUCUACACAAUGGCGACGGACCACUCAGGAGAUGCGUCUCCGACACCUGGGAGCGAAGUCUCAUCUGAUCCUGCAUACAACCAUGUUGCGCACCCCAGUCUGCCCAGAUCCCCGUGCAAAUGGCAACUCAGUCUGCAGUUAGCACGGGCCCAGCCUGCCGCCCCUCCUAGAGCGACCAGUUUCAAGUACUAGUUUAUAGGCGGCAGCACCUACAGUACUUGACCGUGCCGAAUAUAGGUCAAAUGUGUCGUAGAUUUAGGAAAUUAGUGGAGAUAUGGUGAAGCUUUUGAUUUCGUCUUGGGACUUGGAUGAACUGUUUUUGAUGGAUAGUACGUGAAAAGGAAGAAUGUAAUGAAUUCUGUAUUACUUUAUUGAUUUCA